UUGGCUCUCGGUUUGGGUUAGUUGAGUUGGGGUAGCAAGCUUGUCAAUGGAGUCAUCGUCUUCUUCUUUACCCAACUCCGCUGAGCUGUGGAGUCGCCUAAAUUUAUUUCUUCUACGUCCGAUUCUCGCUAUUUCUUUCGUUUUAUCCUUCAUUCUUCUCGGGUGGUUUUUGGCAUGGAAGUUAAUUCUGGUUCACGUGCCUCUGAUUCAAGAUAUAUUUGGUUUGCGACAGAAACGUAUCGAACCCAAGCCCACGAGCCGUAGAAGAUUCUCUAAAUUCUAUAACACCAUCGAUGACAUAAAUUCCGGAAAGACUGUCCCAGGAUCAGCAGGAGAUCAGCUUUCUUGAAUCUUGUAUGUUUCGAGGGAUAAGGAAGCACCAUUGUUAGCAAAUGUGUGAUAACAACAGUGCAAUCAACUUCAGAGUAUUCAAGAGGUUUAAAGAUGAGAGAUCAUUCACUUGUACAGAUUUGUGAUUUUCUUUGACAGUGUUGGUAGUAGUUAUGAAAGAAGCGGGGCGGUGGUAGUUCCAUGAUCACCCUGGUUCAAUAUCUGAGUGUUGGUUUCAGCGUUGAUGUUGUGGCAAUUCGCAGCUGUUGCCUGCACUAGCCUUUUAGAGGCCACACAGAAAUGGGAUGUGUGGUACUUCUCACCUCUGGCAAGAUUUAUGCUUUGCUGAGGUAGGAGAUGUACAUAUGAAUUAAACAUUUGGAAAUUAUAAUAAAGUUAUAUAUAUAUUUUAAAUA